AUGUAUUCUGAUUUUGAGUGGAAGGGAGCUCCGCUUUCCUCACUGACAUUUCCCAUCAUCACAGGAUUGAUUUACCUUGUGGCCGUGCUUCUUCUUCUGCAUUUGGUGCCAGAAGGUGGGUUUCCUCUUGAGAGGGUGUUCCUGGUUCACAAUAUUUUUCUCAGCGGCCUUUCCAUUGUCCUUUGUGGUGGAUGCAUAUGGGAGAUUGGUGCACGGGCGUGGAGUGAGGGCGCCGUAGAUUGGAUGCUGUGUGAAAACUCCCAUGUGGCUGCCCGCGGUCCCUUGUAUUUUUGGUCGUAUGCAUUCUAUGCCAGUAAAUAUUACGAGUUGCUGGAUACUUUCCUGGCCGUUCUCAACGGCUCGAGGCCGAAGCACUUCUUGUUACAUGUCUAUCACCACGCCCUUGUGCCGGUGAUGGUGUGGUCAUGGCUGGAAUACCGAAUGAGCCUCCAAUUCAUAGGCGUCAUUUUGAACACGUUCGUUCACAUUGUGAUGUACGCUUUCUUUGCCUUGAAGGUCUUGAAAGUAUCUACCCCAUGGAAACGGUACGUCACCCUGUUGCAGAUUACCCAGUUCCUGUGUAUGAUACCUUGCGGCGUGGCAGUGGUUGUAAAGGAGUGGAUGGGAUGCACUUGUUCUGGGUGGUGGGUAAUGUUGGUCAAUUUGUGUUUCAACUUGACCUUAUUGAAGUUAUUCAUCGACGUUUCCCGGGGCCAUGGGCAAGUCACUGAUGCUCCUUGCCGAUUUGAAGUUCCGACUUCACAUGUGAUCGUGCCACAAGAAGAAAAGCUUUACUUGCCAUGCUUGCAGCCAUUCAAGCGACAGGGCCAGAGCAUAAGGCUCUUGGCCAAGCUGCAACCGUUUAUGGUUGCCUGGGGAGCACUCCACGAUAACGAGAUUGCCCCGAUUCCCGAGGAGGAAUAUGUUGCCACGCGUGCUGAAGCUAUGGCAGAGUUGUGCGACGAAACGCUGAACGCUGUUGCAGAGAUCCAUGCUGAGGCUGAAAAAAUCUAUGAGCAAGUACAAGGUAUCGUGGAGGGCAUUUGCAGCGCAUUCACAUGUUGCUUCACCGCGGCAACGGUUUCGGAGGAGGAAUGGUAUUCCCCAGAUCAAACAUCCGUGGACUUGGACUGUUUCGCCACGAGGUCUGACGUUGUUCCAUAUGAUCCCCUUGCACCUCCACAUUCCAUGGCUGCAAUGACCGCCAACGAUUCUUUCACGGCAUCGACAGAAGAGCAGAACCUGUAG